AUGCUUGCAGGAGCGUUCGGCGCGCACGGCCUUCAGAAGAGGCCCGGUGUUACUCCCGAGAACAUUCGUGCUUGGGGAACUGCUUCUCACUUUGGGGUCUUCAAUGGGCUUGCGCUGCUUCUGGUGUCCAUGCACCCCCGCUUCUCAACCCACAGAUUUGCCGGACCCGCAAUCGCAGCUGGGGGGCUUAUAUUCUCGGGUAGCAUAGUUACCCUGAUUUUGGCCCGCGACCGCUUCCGGUGGAUGGGACCCAUUACACCGCUAGGAGGCUCGCUUAUGAUUGCAGGGUACGUCUGUAGCACUUCAAGGGAAGCAUCUUAUCUGAGAGACAUGUAG